AUGAAUUCGCUUAAGAUUGUGGCUGAAUAUAGCGUGAUUAGUGGGAGUUUCACUUUAAUCAUUCUUGACCUACUUCUGCAAAAUCUCCCCCUCCGCUGUGACCUCGCGAACAACUUCAGCGUAUCUGCGGCGAACAUGGCUGACUUCCUUCACAAAGCUAUUGGGGCGAUGUCUCAGGAUGAUGAGGAACCUUUGGUCCUCCCUGAUAGUCCCCAGUACAGAGUCUUUGAUGAGAAUGAAACAAGUUUAUUGGGCCGCCUACUUAACCCGGAUUGUCAGUCGAUGGAGAAGAUGAUUGACUACAUGCCAACGGCGUGGCGUGUGCAAGGUAGAGUCCGUGGUAUUGCUCUCUCUCGCGACAUGUUCCAAUUUGUGUUUCAGCGUGAGGAGGAUUUAGUGAAUGUCCUGAAGGACAGACCUUGGUCGUAUAAUCAUUGGGCAAUGGCGUUGGAGCGAUGGUCUUCCUUUCCCCCGGAGAACUUCCUUCAACAUAUGAGCCUCUGGAUUCGCAUCAGACACAUUCCGGUGGAUUUCUUCACGGUCAAGACAAUGUUCAAAUUGGCUUCAGAGAUCGGUGAAGUGGAGGAGAUUGCUUAUGAUCCUAAGGUAUCUCAUACUAAGGACUACAUCAGGGCUCAAGUAUUUUUUGAUACUACUAAGCCUCUGAAAGCAUCUCGUAAACUGAGUACUCCUGGGAAAGUGGUUACUAUUGAGUUUGAAUAUGAGAAGAUCCACAAGAGGUGCUUCCAUUGUCUGCGCCUCACGCAUGAAAAGGUUCGUUGUCCCUUAUUGAAGAAAGGUGCUCUAACCGAUCGGAGAGCCUCCCCUGCUCCUACGGUGGAAGCGGAGAGAGGACAAAGUAAAGGAAUUCUGGCUCAUUCGAUUCAGCCCUUUGAUGGCCCUCCUGGCUUUCCACCUUUGUUCCCAGAGCUUUCUAAACAAGACUUGAGGAUGGCUAUGCAAUACAUCUCGCAUUCUGAUCCAACAGAAAGGAUAGCUAGAAUUGAAAGAGUAAGACAAGGAAUUGAAGCAGAAUCCUCUAUGCGUCUCACAAGGAUAUCAAGAGACUUGGAUAAGGGCAAAGGUCAUGUUUUUAGCUACAAGGAACCGUCCUUCACUCAGCUCUUGCAAUGUCAAUCUGAAAAGGCUAUGGCAUUGUCUGGGAAGAUGCAUGCCACCCAUGAAGAGGAACCAGACUCAUCUUCUUUGCAUGCUUCUGCUCUCUCUACUCCCGUCUUGAUUUCGACGGGUUUUCAGUUAGGCCCCUUGUCGGAGGGGCGUGUUUCUGGGAAUCUGAGUCAAAGGAAAGUAGUGCGCAAACGACCUACGGCGUGGAAGAGGAAAAUGAAUACAACUGGUCGUGCUGUGGCCGAAGAACAAGUGGGUACAUCUCUCGAACCUUCUCAGCGGAGCUCGAAGAGGAAGUCUACUUUACCUCUGCUUGCGCCAGACAACAAAAACCCAAAAACAUCAGAACCUACGGUGGCUUCCAGUUUGAAGCCGCUGCCGCCCCAAUGA